UACACUUUCAUCCAUUGAAAUGCACGCGGUGCUUCGUUGCGAGCGAGACGCCGGUUCAAAAUAACAGUGAACCGUCCGGUCUUAUCGUCGAAGAAAAAUAAUAACUCGAAAAAUAAACGGACAUUGAUGUGAAUCGAACUAAUUUUGUCUGUGACAAGUGUUUUGGACGAAUAAGUGAACACAACUGUGAAAUACUAGACUUUUUCUGGUUUUAGAAGAAAGGGAUGCAGUGCUGAGGCAUGGGUCAGACGGAGGAGGCGAGCUCACGGGCCAGCCCGAGGCGUCGGUCGCCCGACCUGCCCCCUCUACCACCCCCUAUACAACCCUGCAGCGGCUUCCUCGGCAACGGCAAGUCAGUGAUCCGUCCGAUAGCGUUCAAGCCGCUGGGCGGGCGGCUCUCGGCGGGCGGCGAGCGGUAUGGCUCCACUCCAGUCCUCGCCAGCAGACCUCCCUCGCACAUGACGCUUUAUGGCAGUUCAUCAGACGUCCGUGAGGGGCGCUGGUGCGGCUCGCCACAGCCCGCCUCGCUCUCAGCCCUCCCGCCCUCCACACUCUCGGCUCCUUUGCAUCAGAGACACCACUCUGCUAUUGUAACAAAGUCAACGUCUGUGCUGAGCAGCGCGGAUAGCAAGGAGCCCGCGCCUGCGCCGUCGCCGGCCGACUCCGGCGUCUCUGAGUUGGAAAGAGAUCAUCAUGAUUACAGUACAACAGAGCGUCUGCGCGGGCACGAGGUGCGCGUGCGCGCGCCGCGCGGCCUCAUGCUGCAGUCGUUCGGCGCGCGGCGCGACGAGCGCGACGCCGAGCUCGCGCGCCUCCGCCGCGACCGCGCGCUGCUGCGACAGCGCCUUGAGGACACCGAAUGGAGUCUGUGCCAGCGCGCCGGCGAGAUCGCGCUGCUCAAGACACAGCUCAAGGACGCACAGAAUGAACAAACUGCCAAAGGCCACGAGUAUCUCACGCUGAAAGCCGACUGCCGCCAACUGAGAGAGACACUCGACAAGAAAGAAAAAGAAAUCAUGAGGCUCAGAGCUGAAUCAGAAGAGAAAGAGAAAACUGCAAACCGACUGCAGGCAGACGUGGACAGACUCACAACCGACCUCAUGGAAAGCGUCGCAGACCUCACGAAAACCAAGGAGACAAGCAAAAACGAAAUAGAGAAACUAAAAACUGAACUCAAAGAACUCAGACAAGAGUUAUCCGACGUCUCACUGAGUGGAUACGAGGGAAUCGAAUGCGGGCGUACCAUGAGAGGCAUCUACGACGUCUGCAAAACCAACGAGUACCAUUGGACCUCAAGCGACAGCGCCUUAGAAGACGCAGAGGUCCAAAGACUGAACGGGGAGCUCCCAGACACGUGUGGAGACCACUGUCCCGCGAGUGCGAUGGUGGAUCGACUGAAGUGCGAGCUGGAAUCCAAGGAGACACAGUUCAACAACGAGAGGAGGAAGUGGUCGGAGGAGAAGGACAAGGUGCUGAGAUACCAGAAACAGUUACAGUUGAACUACGUGCAGAUGUUCAAGAGGUCGCGCACCCUCGAGGCGGAGGUGGACGGACUCCGGCUCGAGCUGGAGCUGUGCAACAAGAACAUGAAGAACAUAAACAAACACGGCAAGACCAUCGAGCUGUAACCAAAAUGCUAUUGUAAAUAUAAAAAGAUAUCUUGCCGACAGUGAUUAUAGACUCUACUGCGAACGUGUUAUAGUUUAAAUUAUUGUAAAUUUUGUUACUAGUUUCAUUAUAGCCUUUACGCGUUUGCGGGACCGCAUUAAGUUAUUGUAGAUAAUAAAAAUAUUUUUGAAUCAA